AUGCCUCUCACACGCCGUCUUUCCCAAUUAUUUUCCUCGUCACAUUCGUUACCUCUGGCUGGGAAAGAUAUGAAUACUAUUGAUAUCACUACUUCUAAGUCUGCUUCAUCACCACCUUCUAUAUCGGAGGAAGUUAUUGUUUCGAGUACAGUUGUCGAAGAACACGAGGACAGGGAUUCGAGUCACCCUUCCGUCGAACAAUCACCUCAUGCAACCAGGAGACCUCGACGAAAAACGAUAAAGAAAAUUUUGCGUCGAUUCUCUCUCCACUCAUCUCCCAAGGACUUUACACCUAAUUCUCGCAGCUUAUCACCAGUGAACGAUGAAGUUAUCAUGGAAACACCACAGAACCUACCAGCUCACACUACCACCACUGACGUUCCAUGUCUCGACACGCAUGAGCCAAUAGACUAUACCCGAAUUCAAAUUUCCUCCCUACCAUUCCCUUUUCCGGAACUUGCGUCCCCCCUCCGAAAAUCCGUCAAUAGCGACCAAAAGCUCGAUUGUUCCGACUCCGGUUACUUUUCCUUGACUAGCGCCUCCUCAUCAUCGCUAUCAACCUCGCUACCACCUCCCACUUUACACCUCAUACGCCGCAUCAAUAAAGCUAUACUGCUAUUGGAAUACCAAGAAUUAUUAACUACGCGGUUCUCCACGAACUUGGCCUUUUUAUUCGGCAAGAAGGAAAUGGCAAUAUGGAGGACGAGAAAACUGAGUGACGAUACCAAGGAGUUGAUCAUUAUCACACUAACAAAGUUGAGGGAGUUGGUUGGUAAGACCAUGAUUCAUAAGAUGGGAUUAGUCAGGAGGAGUAGGAGUGUGCUGGGUGAAGCUAUGGAAGCGAUCUUUUCGAGUCAAAGACGGGAUUCAGGUGUGGAAACUGAGACACCAUCUGCGGAAUCACCUUCGGAGACAAGCGAACUUGCACCUAGCCCGGAAGCUAUUGAAAUUUCGAGAAGCCAGUUGAAGUUAGAAGUGCAGGCCAAAAUGAAGGAAGCUCUGCAAAUCCUCAGAGACGAUAUUUCGAUGCAGAAGAGAUUAGAUGAAGUUUUGAGAGCGGGAAUAGUAGGCAGUUGUGGGGAUGAAAAAUUAAUGAUGGGUUUGCCGAGUAGGAGUGAGAGGCUUUGUCUAAGGAGAUUUGUAGGAUUUGUGGAAGGGAGAGUGACGGAACUCGGCGGUGCUUAUGGAAGAGUUGAGAAAGCUGUUGGUGGUUUAGAGAGGUCGGGAUAUGAGAAUUUGGUGAUUCAAUGA